AUGAAUCCCCCGCCGGGGCCAAUUACACGGCGCCUGGGGGAGGCGGAUGCGCUCCUCUUCGCCAGGGGAGCGUGGACGAAGGAGAGCAGCGUGCCUUCCUCCGAUUCCUCUCCGGCCUUGAGAAGUGAGAGGGAGAGCAACUCCUGGACGGCGCGUUACUUGCACGCCAACGGCGGCAGACAACAACCACAGCCGGGGGAGACGGUGGGGAGUGACCCCUGCAGGGACCUCAUCGGCGGCGCGGCCGAGAUACGCCGGCGGGUGCACUGCGCAAAUAUCGUCACCGCCCGUCUACGUGUUUUUUCGCGGGGGAUGCUGCUGCGACAGUCGUCGCAGCAGGAGGCGAACGUUGCCUCUCAUGGGUGCGACGAUGAAGGCAGCAUGCUGCAGUCGAACCUGUGCCGCGAAUUUGAAGCGGAGUUUGCUGCCGCGCUGGAGCUGAUGCGUUCCUUGCGCUUCUUUGGAGCAUUGACGGCGGAGGAGCGAGCGCACAUCCCGGUCACGCGCGCCGCCUUCAUCGCCUCACGGAAAAACAUGGUGGACAUUCAAAUAAAUCAACAAUCACUGCUCUCACGACAGCUUUCUGUAGCGUGGGAACAGCACUAUCGGCUCUGUAAGACUAUGCUGCAGAAGGAACGCGACAUACGAGAGUCACGCAAAUCCACUUCUUUGCUUAUUGGGCGCGAUGAGGCGGAGACAUCCUCGUUGUGGUCAAAAAGGGCUGAUGAUUUUGCACCACUUCUUCCCGCCCACAGCGGCGAGCACGGAGACGUCGCUGUCAAGAAACUGCAGGAACACAUGAAUGCAUUGCGUGCCCUUUUGUGGGAUAUGCAGCGCAUUCUGGCGACCCAGCAGCAAGCGUUGCAGCAGCUUGGAGGAGUUACACGGCGUCAUGGCGUAGAGGAUGCGAGAAUUGCUGCAAAGCUUGGCCUUAGGCGACAGUGCGGCGGCAAACAUGCUUCCUGCGGAUGCUGCAGCAUCAUGUGA